AUGAUAAAUAAUACGUCGGCUUUUCAAGAUGCUCUUGCACGUGCUCGACAAGUAGCACAAAAGAUAACAGCAGCAGCACCGAAUGCACCUGCAACUUCAUCAUUAAAACGACCGAAUAAUGAUGAUGAUUUUUCUAAUAAACGUCCAGCAUUUACUUCACCAACACAGUCAAACGAUAUUCCGCCACCUGUUCUACGUGCUCAACUCGUUGCCCAACAAAUAAAUUCUCAACUAGGUGUUAAAUCAUCGCCAGCCGAUCUAUCGUCAUUUCCAUUAUCCAACCAAUCAACAUUUCAAGAAGAUUAUAAAAUUCCAGAUAAAUUUGUCGGCCUAAUUAUCGGUAAAGGAGGUGAACAAAUUAUUCGACUUCAAGCCGAAAGUAGCUGUAAAGUUCAAAUAUGUCAAACACGACCUGAUCCUGUGCCCGGUGGCCCGAAUCCACCUGAUCGUUUAGCUAAUCUAUCUGGUUCAAGAGAGGCUAUUGAACGUGCCAAACGCAUUAUGGAUGAUAUAAUAGCAAAAGGAAAAAUGGCUGAAGGUGGUCCAAUGGGUAUUAAUCCAUAUUCAAUGGGUGGAACAAAUAUUAAAUCCAUUGAUGUUAUGUUGCCAUCGGCUAAAUGUGGAUUAGUUAUUGGAAAAGGUGGAGAAAAUAUAAAACGUGUGUCAGAAGAAUUUGGCGUGAAAAUGUACGUCGCUCAGGACACAACCGAAAUCGAUGGUAUUGAGCAUAAACCAUUAAAAAUGACUGGAGAAGCUGAUAAAGUCGAACGCGCAAAACAAUAUAUACUAGAUUCGCUAGCUAAAUCUGGUGGUAUACCGAUGCCAAAUCGUUUCAAUUCGAAUUCAUCUAAUACAACAUCAUUUAAUGACUAUGGUUCACGAACUGGUGGUACACCAAUGAGUGGUCCAUGUAAUGAAGCUACUUAUCAUGCACCUCAUGAUAAAGCUGGAAUCAUCAUUGGCAAAGGUGGUGAAAGUAUCAAAGAAAUAAAUCGAAAAUCAGGUGCUUUUGUUGAACUCGAUAAAGCUUAUACACCUGCUAUUGGAAAUUCAUCAGAUAGAUUAUUUAAAUUACGUGGUACACCAGAACAAAUUGUUCAAGCACAACAAUUAAUGUAUGAAAAAAUUAUUAAUAGUCCGGGUGGCCCUGGUGAUAUGCUAACGCCGUCACAAUUUCAGCAGCAAUUCAAUUUACCAUUACUUGGAUCUAGUGUAGCUGAUUCAUGGAGUGGAAACAAUGACCCUUAUGCAAAUGAUACUAACGGAGCAGCUGCAAGCGAUCCUUACAGUCAAUGGGCUAGUGCUUAUGGACAAUGGCCUGCAAUGAAUCCUUAUGAGAAUAGUACAUCAAAUAAUAAUUCCUCGUCUAGUACAGAUGCAUCGGCUAUGUCACAGAUGGAUCCAGCUUGGGUAGCUUAUUAUCAAUCGAUGAAUUAUUAUAAUAUGAUGCAAGCAAGUAUGACCGGAACGACAUCGUCAGCUGCAGCAACAAGUACAGCAAAAGCCACAGAUUCAACAGCUACAAGUUCAACAACAGCUGCAGUCAACGCAACUACUGGACAACCGGACUAUAGUCAACAAUGGAUCGAAUAUUAUCGAUCAGUCGGACAGAAUGACAUUGCCGAUCAAAUUAUGCAACAAAUGAAAGAGUCCGGUUCAAGCUCAGCAACGGGAUCCAAUAGCAGCAGUUCAACGGCUGCAGCACAAGCUGCUGCCGCCGCUGCAAUGAUGAUGUCAGCUAGUAAUCCGUGGGCAGCUUAUGCACAACAAUGGAAUGGUGGUGCAAAUGGUGUCGGUCCAACGGCAGCAAAUACUACCAAUGGCAGCAGUUCAUCAAAUGCACCCUCGUCUUAA